GACUUGAUGGCUACAGCAUGACAGGUGCUUUGACCUGACAGUUCAGUCGCGACGAUGGAGAGGAAAGCAGCGAAAAUGGAUUCUACAGCAGACGACAGUUUUGAAUCGGAAACUGUUCUGAGUAUUCUAAAGGAUUUAAUGACAUGCAUGAAAGAUGUGGUUGUGGCGUUACUUGUCAGUACAUGGAGGUUUUUCAUUUCGCCGCCAAGGAAAUGUGUAAAAAAUGAAAUCGUACUCAUCACAGGUAGCGGGUCUGGGAUCGGCAGACAAUUAGCAGAAGAAUUUGCGAAACUUGGAGCAAUUCUGGUGCUUUGGGAUAUUCAGGAAAAUACAAACUUAGAGACAGCAGAUUUAGUUCGACAAGCUGGUGCGAAAUGUUAUUGUUACAUUUGCGAUGUUGGAAAUCGAGAUGAUGUUUAUAGAACGGCCAAACGGGUAAAACAAGAAGUUGGUGAUGUGACUAUUUUGGUGAACAAUGCGGGCGUUGUUAGUGGGAAAAAACUUAUUGAUAUUCCCGACCAUCAGAUAGAGAAAACCAUCAACGUUAAUUUAUUGGCACAUUUCUGGACUGUGAAAUCGUUCCUCCCGACAAUGAUGAGGAGGAACCGCGGCCAUGUUGUAACUGUCGGAAGUUCCACUGGAUUAGUGGGACUCAAUAAACUCACUGAUUAUAGCACGUCCAAAUUUGGAGUUGUCGGAUUCUCAGAGGUGCUUCACUACGAGGUGAUAUACGGAGGUUACGACGGCGUAAAUACAACGCUCAUCUGUCCAUCGUUUGUCAACACCGGACUAUUUCAUGGCUGUAAAAUGAAGUUUCCAUGGUUGCUGCCUGCUCUUGAAACACAAAAGACUGUGGACCGCAUGAUGCAAGCAAUUUUGACCAAUCAGAAGAUGCUUUGUAUUCCGAGAUCGGUCUACUUUCUUGCAACAUUGAAAAUGAUUUUGCCAGUAGAUGCCUUUAUUGAAGUCAAGAAGUUUUUUGGUGCUGCUGCAUUUAUGGACACUUAUGUUGGGCGCGAUAAGAAAUCUGACUCUCCAACAAGUGGGACAAACGGAACAAAUGGUUUCAAUACGGAUAACAAACAAAACGUGACAGACUCUUAAAACCAGAUCAAAGAAGACUCUAUUUUAAAAUGUUUGAGCUACUUGUGUAGCAUAACUGGACUGGGUCGAUCAUUGGCGACCAGCUAGUUCAAUUGAUAGAGCGUCCGUCUAGAGUUCGGGUUGUCCCCUGUUCGACCGCCGGUCUGGCCGUGCAUUUUUUCCUCUCCUGUUUCACUUGCAUUUCAAGUCGGUGAAUAUCAAUAUCAUGUGGUUGACUCAUGUGAAUUGUCAAAGAUAGGUUGUGAUUGUACCCAUGUGUUCUGUAAAUAGCAUUUACAUUUCACUUGUCUAAACCAAUCCCUUUAUAAUCUGACAAUCUGUGUAAAUCGGACUUCAUGUUUGGUCUAGCAGCCAACUGUUUUGUGCUGGAUAAUUUCUUAACUUAUUUUGUUUGACUCUAUUUUUAGAAAGGAUAAACUCCUUAAUGUUAUUAUUGUCAGCAAAUAAAAAUGGCAGGAUUGGCAGUCUGUUCAUUUUAUUUUGAAACAUGGUCACGCCAAAAAUAAAGAAUACUACGGUAGGCAAUCCAGUCAAAUGUAAAUGGAGGAUCUUGAAUCAAUUUUUUUUAUUUAAUGUAUUAUUUGACAGCACAGUUAAAAAAAAUUACACAAGAAUACUUGAUAAUGCUCAUUAACCAUUUAAAGGGAAAUAACCUCUUUUUAACAUAAAUCACAUUAUCAGGUGGCAAAUAUCUUUCAUUGACUUGAAAAAUCUUAAAAGUCUUACAUACGUUCUAAGUGUAGGAUUAAUAAUGAUAAAUAGAAUUGAUUACUGCAAAGCAUUUAACAAUUUUGAGUACUUCAGGAUAUACAACAAGUCAACCACAAAGUGUUGAAUUGUAAAAUAAAGGGGAGUAACUCUUGAGCGCUUGCAGUUUUUAUGUUUUGCCAUGCCGAUGUGUUCAAAACACUCAAAACACCCACAUUCAGAGUAAGGGAUAUAACUCUUUCAUCCUCAGAUGUUAUUUCCGCUCCCUGUUCAAAUCUGUUUCUGAUAUACUUUAGUUUGUUUGAAUGUAUUUUGAAGUUGUUAUGAUAAUAAUUUGUUGUGAAGUUGGUAUUGUUAUAUAUGUAUAUAUAUCUUCUUCUUUUUUAAUCUGAUAUAAUGGACCAGUUUAACCAUUUUUUUCUCAAAUACCACUUGAAAUUUCUCCUUCAUGGGUCUUGUAUGAAAUAUGGAGGCAGAAGGCAGGAAAACGUGUUUGAAAAUGUUAAUUUACAUUGUAUUUUGUUUGUUUUUUGUUUGUUACUUAAGCAUGGUUUUCACAAAGCAAGGAGACCUUUUGGAAAACUUAUCAAUUAAAUGACAAGAUAAUUUUGAAGAAAAAGAGAAUCCUAGAAAACAGUUGUUGUCAUCAAAACAGAAUUUUUGAAAUAUUGUUUUAUGUUUUGUUUUCUUUUAAGUUUUGUUUUUUGUUUUUUGUAUCUCUCCAAAAUUGCAUGGUAAGAAUGUUUGUAAAAUUUCUUGCCUUAUCUUUUUUUCCACUUGUUGAUAUGCUGUCAAUGUGUCCGUAGAACGGAGUGAUUACAUGAUUACAUUGCCGUCAAAAAUAGUCUAUUUCUCAUUAAUUCAAAACCAUUUUUUAUUUUUCGGAAUUUAAAUGAGUUAAUAUUACAGCAUGAAGAAAUCAAAAUCUAAUGAGAGUUAUAUUGAACAUUAAUUAGUAUUCAUCAUUGUCCAUUCAUAAUUGUUACAAAAAAAUUGUCAUUGUCCAUCCAUAAUUAUAACUUUUGAUCUAUUUAUUACAUAUAUUUAUAUUGUCCCAGUUGCCUCCCUUGGGCUGCUGUUGUGAGUUUGAAUUACAAUGUAGUCUUGUGUUGAAAGUUUUUCUGAUGUUCUAAAAAGGUUAAUUGUGUUAAAUGCAACUUUGACUAUCUUAUUUACGUUUUAAAUCAAUAUUUGUGCAUUUUAGAUUUUGAUUUUGAUUUUUGUUUUUUAAAUAUACACAUGGAAAACUUAUGUUGUCCUGAAGCUAGUUAAGUGCUUAAACAAUGUUUUCCUAUAUAAAAUGUACACAGAGUUUUGUUAUCUAAACUGCAAGCUAGCUCAACUACCUGGGUAUUUGUUUUUGUUAUAAUCAAACUAACAAAUACAUCUACUUUUUUUUUUCAU